UGCACUUCAGUUCAGUAAUUUCACGCUGCCAUGUAAGCCCACUGCACGUGAUGUUUCAGUCAAUCUCAGGAAAAAAAUUAGGGGGAAAUGGAAAAAAUUCAAGGUCGGAGAAGAAGGUAUAGAUGAUACAACGAUGGUAGGAGCUCCUUUGGAAUAUCAUGAUGAGAAAGGGUUCAUCCUACCUUUUGUAACAGACGAAGUGAAAGGCAGAUACAAGUGCAUAGGAGAGCGUAAAGGAAAUAAAUUAGAAGAGGUAGAGAUCUUCGUCGGUUUUCUUAGAGCUUUUGACACUUUGAACAAGCCGCACAUUGUUGCUAACAAAACGUUUGUAGUGAUCGGUGAUUACGUGGAGUUGGACUGUACACUAUUGGAAGAGAGUGAUAUUGAUGUUUGGACAAAGUGGACUGUACCUGAGAAAGUAAAUAAGGAUUACGAACCAACAAAUGAUUCGAAGAUCAUAUCCGAGAAUGGAACUGGAGUCACCAUCAGGCAUUUCCACAAUAGACUUGUUUUGAGAAAUGUUGGACUGGAUCACACAGGAGACUACACAUGCGCUUAUAUAGAGAAAUACAAAAAUAAUAUCAAUAGCGUCAAGUAUCACAUGAAUGUUCAUCCCAAGGCUACUACCUUCCUGAAUCUAACAUGUAAAGAUGCUCCAGUGAAAACGGCACCUCCUUCUACAACCGAACAGAGAAUCACUGUUAGGAUAAAUGCAAAUCCUAGAGUUGAUAAAGUGAAUUGGUAUUUUAUCAAUUGGAAAGAGGAGAAAAUUGAAAUAUUUUAUGUUAGAAAAUACAAGAAUGAGAGUUUUCAUGAAAACUAUGAAACUCUGAUCAUCAGUUCUCCAGAGCUUAACGACAGUGGAAUCUAUAGAUUAGUUGCCAGCAAUAGAGUAAUAUCAUCUUCUAUCGAUAUAAAGUUUUAUGUCGAAGCUAAGCCGCAUAUUCUCAAGCCUCUAAAUCUCUUAAAUGACAACGGAUUGCGGGAAUACUCUGGCGGAUCAUACCUGUUAACUGAUUAUGCGUCUCAUCAUGAGAUAAGCUGUUUGAGCAUAGGAUACCCCAAACCAACAGUAUCCUGGUAUUUUCAAGAGCUUUCUGAUUUCUCCAGUGUGAUUGGUGAUAAGCGGCAUAAAAUACCCAGUUUUUACUACAGAACUGUGGAAAAUAAUAACUCAUUUGAUAUCAUAACUGACUCAAUACUUAAGGGGGAAUCAUUGAGAAGUGGUAUCUUAUAUUGUAAUUCCUGCAAUAUUCUUGGAUGCCAAGAGACAAGCACGGAAUUUUUUGUGACAGAUGUCAAAAACGGAUUUGAAACAUGGGGACGACCGUAUGAUCUUAUUGGUGGUGACAAUGGAACUAUUUAUUGCGGUGCUUCGAAAUUCUUGUUUGGUCCAGCCCUGAAGUGGAGCUACAAAUUUCAAAGUCAACAACAUGAUCUUACAUUAUUGAAUGAUAGCAAUAUAUUUAUAACAAAUACGGAAACAGAACUAUCGUAUAUUUCAACAAUGGUGAUGAGAAAUGUGAGCACAAAUAUGACUGGAUCAUACACUUGCGAAGCAGAAUCGUUGAGUGAAAAAAGUAAAACCAAAGGCUGAGUAUCUUCAUCAAAGUCAAACAUUGAAUAUUUUGUUUCUUUUUUUAGCUUGUUCAUUGCCAGUAUUUCUGAAUGAAACAUCCUUGGACAAUGGAACUAGAAGUGUUGAAUAUGAAGAUUCAUUUGAGCUCGA